AUGCUGUUCGAUUCAUCGAUACCGGAAGUGAACGAGGAACAAAUCCCUCGAAUGAAACUACAAGAUUCAUUAAUAAAAGAAGCGGAUAAAAAACAGAUAGCGUCGCCUAAUAUACCAAUCCAAGGAGCGAAUGCUCAACAAAGAUUAGAGCAUUUUGCAUCUCCAAAAAAGGAAUGGAUGAAAAGAUAUACGAUGAAUUAUACCAAUGAAAAGCUACAUAAUUAUUCGGAAUGCAACGAAACUUUCUUUCAGUCAUCCGAUCUGAAAAGGCAUCUGAUAAAUCGUACUAGUGAAAAAUCGCACGGUUGUCCGAUAUGCAGAAAAAGUUUUUCUCGACUAUCGGAUUUCAAAAGACAUAUAAGGAUUCAUACCGGUGAAAAGCCUUACAAUUGCACAGAAUGUGGAAAACGUUUCUCCGAUCGAUCAGCUUUUAAAAGUCAUAUGAGGAUUCAUACCGGUGAAAAGACGCAUGGUUGUCCGAAAUGCAAAAAAAAUUUCACUCGAUUACCGGAUUUGGAAAGAUAUAUAAGGAUUCAUACCGGUGAAAAGCCACGCAGUUGUCCGAAAUGCAAAAAAAAUUUCACUCGACUACCGGAUUUGGAAAGACAUAUAAGGAUUCAUACCGGUGAAAAGCCACGCAGUUGUCCGAAAUGCAAAAAAAAUUUCACUCGACUACCGGAUUUGGAAAGACAUAUAAGGAUUCAUACCGGUGAAAAGCCUUACAAUUGCACAGAAUGUAAUAAACGCUUCUCCGAUCCAUCAGCUUUUAAUAGUCAUAUGAGGAUUCAUAACGGUGAAAAGCCGCAUGGUGUCCGAAAUGCAAGAAGAAUUUCUCUCGUCUAUCGAAUUUGGAAAGGCAUAUGA